CAUUUCCCAGAUUCCGAGCUCUUUUGGUCGGAGCAUAAUCGUUGAGAUCUGGGGAAAACUAAGAAGCACGAACCUACUUUGAUUUAAACUAAUGGCGAUUACGGCGACUAGAUUGGUCUCUCUUACUCUCUUAUGGAUUCUCGUCCUCUUCGUCACACUUGCUCUCAUUCAGAUUAAAUUGACUGAUGUUGCGGAUCCUAGUGUCAAUGAGCAGAUUGUUGAUGCUAAGCUCAAUCAGGUGGGAGAGGAUUUGGAAGGAGUAACACACAAAGUUUACUUUGACAUUCAGAUCAAUGGUUCACCAGCUGGGCGCAUUCUCAUCGGCCUUUUUGGCAAGAUAGUUCCUAAAACCGCUGAGAACUUCCGAGCACUUUGCACGGGAGAGAAAGGAGUUGGAAACAUGGGGAAACCUCUUUAUUUCAAAGGAAGCAGCUUUCACAGGAUCAUUCCUGGCUUCAUGAUCCAGGGUGGAGAUUUUACACGAGGCGAUGGGCGAGGUGGAGAGUCGAUCUAUGGCGAUAAAUUUGCAGAUGAGAACUUUAAGCUCAAGCACACUGGGCCAGGAUUUUUAUCAAUGGCAAACUCGGGACCAGAUUCUAACGGUUCACAGUUCUUCAUCACAACAGUCACCACGAGUUGGUUGGACGGGCAUCACGUUGUGUUUGGGAAGGUAUUGUCUGGCAUGGAAGUAGUGCGCAAGAUUGAAGCGCAGGGACAAGGCAGCGGAGAGCCCAAAGGAAAAGUUAUUAUUUUUGCUAGUGGAGAAGCUUCUUUGUAAUAUCUUCCUAGGUUUCUAAUAUUUCAUCCGAAUGAACACUGAGAUUCAAAAAAAAUGUGUGUAAAUCAUUCAAAUGCAGACCCUGAACCAUUUUCAUCUACCAAGUCCGAUUGAUGAUAGCCGGUAAAGUCUGAUUGAACAA